GAAAUAAAGAACUUUCGGUUCAGGAAUUAUCAGCUGCUUUGGUGAAAACACAACUAACGGAGCUAAAUCUGGAUGAUUCUGGUAUAGAAAACAUGUUUGUAGUUGUGAGUCCUUUAAGGAAUAUCCAAACUUUAAGUCUCAGAACGAACUUCAUCGAAAAGUUCAAUACUAUUGUUUUGUUAAAUGGAUUUCCUUCACUUCGAAGUCUAGAUCUGACAAAUAAUAGGUUGGACACUUUCCCGUUUACUGCCAAUUUAAAUCAGAUUAAAAAAUUGGACUUUGACAGAUAAUAGAAUUGAGUCUGAUCGCCUGGUGUUCUGCUUGAAUGGAUCAGAUCCCUCAAAUAAGUUGAAGAUUUUGAAUCUCUCGUGGAACUAUUUAUCCAAUAUUUCCGUUUUCAAAUCGGAAGGACAUUGUCUUUCGCAUCUGGAAAGAUUGAUUUUAAGCAAUAAUUAUCACAUUUUUAAAGUUCCAAAUAAUGUCUUUUCGCGACUUCCAAGAAUUAGAAAUAUUCUACUGAAGUAUGUUAGUGAGAGAGUCGACAUUGAACCGCUGGCUUUCAAUGUAUCGACUCUGACUGAACUCCGUCUAACUACUAGCGGACAGCUUAAUCUUCAACCAAAACACAUCAACAUGUUCAAAUUAACUCCAAACUUACAAACGCUGCAUUUCACCAACAUUAUUUUCAAAGAUAUAGCCGAUAACCUUACAGAUAUUUUUUCACAUUUAGUCCAGAUGAAAGAUUUUAAAAUCAAAAACGGCAUUGUCGAGAAUGUGUCGUUUCUAUCAAAGAUGACAAAUUUGACAAAACUCGACUUGCUUGGUAACUAUUUAAAAAGCUGGGAAAAGGAAAUAUUCAUGAAUCUCCCUCUGAAAGUAAUUACUCUCUCCAGAAAUCAAAUCACAGUGUUUGAUAAAGACAUGUUCCCGUCGCCUAUCACGGACAACUUAGAAUAUUUCGCCGCCGCAAAUAAUCCGCUCGAUUGCACGUGUGAUUUGUUGGCGUUUAAAAAUUGGCUGGCAAAUAAUAAAGAAAAACUCAAUGAUAAUUACCCACGAUUAUAUACGUGUUUGUCCCCAGAUGAAUGGAAGGGGGAGACAAUUGUCCAAUACGAACCUGAUAAGAACGAAUGUUCGGAUGGCCUUAAAUCUCUGGUUGUUGUUGCUAUUGGGCUUGGUUGUUUAGUUGGCGUGCUCUUCUUACUUGCAGUCAUUGUGUAUAAAGGGCGUUAUCACAUAAAACAUAGAAUGCAUCUCGCGCGCUCCUUGCAACCAUACAAUCGCUUGCCAGACGGCGACGAAUUUGUGUACGACGCAUUCGUCGCCUAUCACAUUGAUAAUAGACUCUGGGUCAUAAAUCAUUUACUUCCUUUCCUAGAAAAACAACGGAAGUUACGCCUUUGCCUUCACGAAAGAGAUUUCCUCCCAGGAAAUUUCAUCGCCGAUAACAUUGUAGACAACAUAAACGCGAGCAGAAAAGUGAUAUUAGUGUUCUCUCAGGAUUUCGCCAGAAGUGAAUGGUGUCAGUUCGAGGCCAUGACAGCUUAUCAGAGGAUACUUACUCAAGGAACAUCCUCUGUGGUGAUUAUUAUGCUGGAGGAUAUCAGCCAUCGACCCGUCAAUGAUACCAUUCGGAAUCUCUUGGAUGCUGUCACCUAUAUUGAGUGGAGCAAUGAGAGGAACAACCGACCAGAAUUCUUUCGGAAACUCUUUGGUGCCCUCCAGUGAUGGAAACAUAUUUCGGAAUGUUUUUUUUUAUAUAUAUUUAGUUUAUUAAGAAACAAUAGCCUGUAUACCCCCAUAAUAUAAUGGCUUAAACACCUAAAUGUGAAUGUACUAUGGGAGAUAACUCUAGCUGUUUCAUACCGAACAUGACGUUUUAUUAUGAAGUUUUCACAGAACAUAUACAGUUUAGUUUGAAACGUAUUUAUUUCAGAAGUUUUUACAACAACGAUCAUUUUUAAACAGUCUAUAUCGGGGAUUUGGGAAAAAAAGCUGAAAGAUUAUGUUCAGUCCUCUCCUCGAAUAACUUGUUUCCAAAUCCCAAAACUGUUUAAAAAAUGCUUGUCGAGUCAAAAUCUUGGUUUUUGUUUUAUUUUUUUUACAUCCAUCCUUCGCAAGGACUUUACUUCAGUUAUUUUUGUCCAAAUAUUUAUAUAAGAUACCUUAUUUGUAAGUUGAUGUCAAUAAUGUUUUUUACAGGGGCAUUCCUUCGUUUGAAUAAAGGUUAGGUCGUUAAAAUUAAACUUACUGGAAAAUAUGCUUUUCAACAGUAGUAAGAGUUAUGAUCUUUAGAUUAAUAAGGCAGUUUUACUCUCACGGUAAACUAAAGUUAUUCGAGUAUUAAGUCUUGACAAUCAUAAAUGUUUGAUGAGGUGAUAAUCAUAAAUGUUUGACUGAUAAGAAACAAAAGUAGAAAAAGCUUGAAUACAAAUCAAAAAGAGAAAACAAGAUCCAUACAAGAAUACAUAACGCGAAAAUGUCUAAAUCCAAAAUCUAGGAAAGUAAUUUGAAAAACGAAGAUUUCAUGCUGACAGAUUCAUGAAACACUACGAUAAUUCGGGUGAUCACAUGUGAAUCAUUAAUUGAAUAAUUAAAUGGAGAUAUCCUUGAGAAGAGGUUUAACAUUUUUUCUUCUACUUGUCUACUUAAUUGAAUCAAAUGCAAGGCAGUAAGCUUUCAGCUGACCUUGCCCUAAGGGCUGUGAGCUUAUAACCUUUGUGCGGCGUCUGUCGUCAGUCGUCCGUCCGACGUCCGUCCUUCAUCAGUCGUCCGUCCGACGUCCGUCCGCCGACAAUUCCUUUAAAUCGCUACUAGUCAUAAAGUACUGAAUAUAUUUUGAGCAAAUUAGGUCAGAAACAUUUCUUAGGGGAAUGGGAACAUCUUUUGCAUAAUUGGUGACACACACCAAAACUUGGGAUUCGAAAACGUUAUAUACUUUUGUUAUGACAACGCGACGCUGUAGACUCCCUGGAAUGUUGUGUCACAACGUCAUUAAUUACGUUUUGAAUUACGUUGCAGUGACGUUGUAGGAACGUGGUGUUGAAAAGUUAUGGAAAAUAUAGUGAUAACGUUGUCAGAACGUUACUGUUUACGUUGCAAUUUAAGUUAAGCUGACGUUGUCGAAAU